AAAAUUAUAUAAUUUUCCCUAAAAAAAGGUAGGUAAGAUAUUUUCUUGAAAAAGAAAAACAAAAACUUAACAAAAAGGCCUAUUUUCUAUAAGAACAAAGGAAGGCAUCUUCUUGUAGCUUUUUUCUCAGAGAGCUUUCUUUCAGUGAGGUAUAUAAUCUCCUUCUUCUCUUCUCUAUGUCAAGCGAAGAGAAAAAUCCAUUCCAAUAUAAUCCAUUUAACUAUAAUGAGCAGAGAGGGAUCCCAGCUGGUUCAGUGUUUCCAUUCUUGAACGAUGGCCCUUCGCCGGUACAAACUAUACAAGGAUCUGAUCCCUUAUACAUGAGCUUCACUGAGAGCUUAUCCAUGGACUACAACACUUUAUCAAGAGCCUUUUGUAUGCCUGCAAUUUGUUCUUCAUCUGAGGUAAUUAGUCCCAUCCAAGCCUACUUUUCAAGAGAAAUAGGUGCACCAGCAGGAGCCGACGAAAACACAUCAACGCCAGAUUCAUCGUCAAUAUCUUCUCCAUCUAAUGAUGCAGCGACCCAACAAGGAGCAGCAGGCAAGAGCAAAGAAAAGCAGCAGCCAAAAGAAUACGAGGAUGCCAAGGAAAAUUCUAAUAACAAAGUGAGCAAGAAAAAGAAGAAGGAGAAAAAGGAAAGAGAGGCAAGGUUCGCUUUCUUGACGAAGAGUGAGAUAGAUCAUCUUGAAGAUGGAUACAGAUGGAGAAAGUACGGACAAAAGGCAGUCAAGAACAGUCCUUAUCCGAGAAGCUAUUACAGAUGCACCAGUCAGAAGUGCACAGUGAAGAAACGCGUAGAGAGAUCAUUUCAAGACCCAUCAAUGGUGAUCACAACCUAUGAAGGAAAACAUAACCAUCAAUGUCCGGCUACACUUCGAGCUAACUAUGCUGCUGCAGCAAUUUUGUCGCCUAAUUCACUUCUGGCUUCCACAUCUUCCAUGACGAGCAUCAGCCAUCAAAGCUUCCCUCAGGAGCUCUUGCUUCCUCCGUAUGAUAUUAACAACCAGUGUGAGCCUAGUGCAGACAUGCUGUAUCCAUCACAGCAGCAGCUUCAUCUUCUUCCAGCUGAUGAUUUUGUCCCCUAAACCUUCCUCCCAAAACAGCAACCUUGAAGUCCUGUUAGUCUCAUUUUCUUCACUAAUUUAUGUACUUAGAACCAUCAAUGAUGCUAUGAUCCCAUCUGGGAAAUGAGAAAAAUUCAAUUCAGAAGAUGGAACUCAUACAUAUUUUGCAAUUUUAUUAUUAGAAGGAUUAACGAGUUGAUGG